AUGUUUGAGAAUUCAUGGUGUUAUUUAUUAUGUAUAUUAUUCUCAAUUUUAUUUUAUAUUGUAUCAACAUUAUAUAGAUUUUUUUCUGGAUCUUUAAUUAGAUUCUAUGAAAAUAAAUUAAAUAGUUUAAUAAUUGGUUUUGAAAAAAUAUUAAAUGAUAUAAAAGUAGAAACCGAUUUUGAAACUAUUUUAAAAUAUGAAAAUAUAUUAAAAAAAAAGAAAUGUAAUAAUAGGGUUCAACAAGAAAAUCUAAAACCACAACAACUUCAACAACCACAGCAACCUGGAAAAUCCCAACUACCACAGCAACCAGAAAAACCACAAAUAAUAAAUCAAAAUGUUCUAAAAUUACAAAAAACUCCACAAAACUCAAAAAAUAAAUGGUGGUUUGACCAAAUAAUCGAGUUUUUAAUUUCAUUUGGCUCAACUUCUGAAUCACCAUUAGUUUGCAAAAUGGUUAUGUACCUGGUGCUAAGGUCUCAGGCAUUAAAUCAGAAUGUCAAAGAAAAAAAAAACUAUUACGAUAAUGAUAACGAUUCCAAUUCCGAUUCCGAUUCCAAUGCAUAUAUUCCAGAUGAAUAUUUAAUCAAUAAUAACUAUUCAUUCGAUAUAUCUAAUUCCGAAGAAUCUGUUGACUACAUGUAA